AUGAAGUACGCCCUUGUCUUCGUCGCCGCCGGCCUUGUCGCCGCCCAGGACUUUGGUGGUCAGCCCAGCUGUGCUCUGCCCUGCCUUCAGACCGCCCUGCCCCAGGCCCGCCUGCUCCCCAUCGUCGGUCCCUGCCUGCUCAGCUCCUGUGGCUCGGCCGAGGUCGCCCAGGCCCAGUCCGCCGCUGGCGCUGCUUGCUCGGCCUUCCUGGCCACCGCCACCGGCUCUGUCACCCGCGCCCAGUCCGGCUCCGCCACCCCCACUGCCUCGCAGUCCGACGACGACGACAGCUCCUCCGCCGUGCCCACCAGCAGUGUUAUCAACGCUACCUCUGCCAUUUCCAGCUCCAUUCGCCCUGCCUCGACCGCCACUGGUGGCAGCGGCGCUGCCGCCACCCCCGUCGCCCUCGCCGGUGCCGCCAUGGCCGCCAUUCUCGGUGUUGCCGCUGCUCUCUAA